AUGUGUUGGUCAUCAAUAUUAUCAAGUUUUAUUGUUAUUAAUAAUGAAAAAGAAAUUUUUCUUGUUAAUGAUAAUUCUUUAUCAAUUGAAUGUAUUCAAAUAAAUGAAGAACAUUAUUGGUGGUCAUGUACAUGUUCAGAUACAUCAAUAUUUCUAACAAAUGCAAUAAUGGGUACAAAUAUUUUUGAAUUUAGUCUUUUAUCAUCAUUUCAAUUAGUUAAACGAUGGAAACCUCCUUUAUCAUGUAAAAAAAAUGAAUAUAUUGAUGAUAUUGCUUAUAAUAAUGGAACAUCAGCAUUAAUAAUUAAAGUUUCAUCAAAUAAUACAAUUCUUUCCGAACUUCGAUCAUCAACAACACUUGAUAGAAUUUGGUUACUUCAACUCGAUAUUAAAAGAAAUUGGUUUCAACAAACUAUUCGUUGUUGUUCAUUUAAAUAUGAUGAAUGGCUUAUCAUUGAAGGAAAGACUUCACAUAUUUUUCAUAUUCUUAAAAAUGGAAAAAUGAAAGCUAUGGGAAAAUAUAAACCAUCACCUGUAAAUGCUGUUCUUUUCAGUUCAAGUAUAUUAGCUAUACGAACGAAGACGAAUUUUUUUUUUUUUAUAGAUUAUAACCUUUAA